CAAGUGUGUGCACAUUUCAUGUACCAAUGAGGAGGCAUAGAAUUAUCUCACAAAAGAAGGUUGCGCCCUCCCUGCCAUUUGGAGAGAGUCCAGAGCCUCUUCAAGUCCAACCCAUCUCCAGAGGGCAGGAAGCCUCCUUCUGAUGAAUAGCCACCAACCAGCACCCAAAGGGAGGAAGCCAGAUUCUUUUAAACGAGCUCCUACCUCAAUGAAAAGGAAACGAACCAUUUUUAGCCAAGAGCAGCUUUAUGUUCUUAUCAACUAUUUUGAAAAGAGCUCCUAUCCUGGAACAGAAGAAAGGGAAGAACUUGGAGCAAGGCUCAAUACUGAGGAGUGGAGAAUACACAUUUAGCUUCAAAACAGAAAAGCCAGAAAACAGCAAAAGCUUCUACCUACUCAAGAAAACAGACGGGACAGGAAAAUCCAUCUCCAAGUAAGAUUCUGUGAGAGAGCUUCUCUGAGGGGCAUGAAGCCACCACUGCAUGAUCAGGAGCAAGGCUGGUUGAGGAGACAGUUGUAUUCAAACCAUCGCUCACUGCCUUUUCAGUGUGCGCAGGAGCCCCGACCUCAGCUGAAGCAGCCUCACCCCCAGCAGCCACCAGCCCUGCUGCCCUCAGUAUCCCAGCCCCCACCUCCCAGGUACAGCUGCUCACCUCUUUUCUGCAUUAGUCACCACCGGUGCAUCAAAGUCAGAUACAGCCGUUGCUGAAGGGAGAAGAGCAAACAUGUGAGUUGAUGCCUUCUUUUAACUAGAAAGGACAACUGUAGCCCAGCAAUCUAUCCAAGGUUGGACUUGGGUCUACAUUGCUUCCACUGAUGAAGAUGUGACUGCCACCCUGGGAGAUCUGACUGCCCAGCAGGGAAAUCUAGAUACCUCCCUAAGUGAUCUAGCUGCUUCCCAGAGACACCUGCCUGCCCACCUGGAAGAUCUGGUUGUCAUGACGCCCCCAAGGGACAUCUGGAUAUCCCCUUGGAAGAUCUGGUUGAUCUUUCUCUCUUUUUUUUUUUUUGGUUGAUCUCUUGGGAGAUUCGACAGAGACACCAGACCCCAGUUUGACCAGCUAAACUGUUUAGAUAGCUUAU